AUGCGAAGAGGCAGUUUCAAACCACUGUGUGACACUCUCCGGCCCUGGCUGACCCGACAGAACACGAAAUACAGAGAGGCUGUGCCAGUAGAGACUCGUGUUGCGAUUUGUAUUUGGAGGUUAGCCACAAACCUGGACUAUAGGUCUAUCUCACAACUGUUUGGUGUUGGGUUAUCAACUUGUUGCACUAUCACCCAAAAGGUUGUGACUGCCAUAAAUGUUGUAAUGAAGCCUCUGUACACCAAGCAUCCCUCCGCAGCUGAGUUCAGGCAGAUAAUACAGGGUUUUCGAGACAAAUGGAGAUUCUCUCAGGUGGCAGGUGCAAUAGAUGGAACCCAUAUCAAGAUGAAAGCUCCACCUGACAACUCCUCUUGCUAUUACAACCGGAAGGGAGACUAUUCCAUCGUUCUGCAAGGUGUGGUGGAUUAUAGAAUGAGAUUUUGGGACAUUAAUGUUGGGCGACCAGGCAAGAUACACGAUGCCCGUGUUUUCUCCCUAUCUUUACUAUAUGAGCAUGGCAGUGCAGGCACUCUUUUAACUCAUUGGACUGAAACGUUUGAGGGGGUUGAUGUUCCUCUUUUCCUUGUGGGUGAUUCGGCUUACCCUCUACUAACUUGGCUCAUGAAAGCUUACCCAGAAGGAGGAGCAGUAACACAAGAGCAGCUUAACUUUAACUACAGAUUAAGCCAAGCCCGUAUGACAGUUGAGCGUGCCUUUGGGUGCCUGAAAGGAUGCUGGCGUUGCCUUCUUAAAGAAAAUGAUGCACACAUAACGUUUAUAAGCCGCAUUGUGUCCGCUUGCUGCGUGCUGCAUAAUUUCUGUGAGGUACAGAAGGAGGAAUUUCUGGAGGGAGAAACAGUUGCAGAGGAAGAGGGACCUGUACCUGAUGAACAGGGGCCUGCACAGCAGCAACACGACAUUAGAGAUGCACUGUGUAGCUCUUUUGCGAAAAAUGUGAAUGACCAAGCCUGUAAAUAA